AUGACUAUACAGGUUAAGCAGGCACAACUUAUAUGUGACAUGAAGGUCUGGUGGGACUCUCUUUAUUUCAUGAUCAAUCGGUUUCAUAAACUAUGCCCGGCUGUUGAGCAUUUUCUUUCUUUGCCCAUCAAUAGAGAGCUUGCGAAACUUAGACUUACUGAUAUGGAAUGGACUGUACUCCAGGAUUUUGAGAUUGUACUGGGUGUACCCCAUCAAGUGCAGAAAAUCAUGUCGAAAGAGCGCACUCCCGUUUUAUCAGGCACAAUUCCUGCCUUCAAAAUGUUCAUGAUGGCAUGGGAGCAACUUAGGAGAGAACACCCCCACUUGGCCUGA